GUUAGCUCUAGAACACGUCUGUCAGGAUGGGCUGGAGCUAUCAAACCGUUGCUUGUUAGGUGUCAUCAUUGGUUUUUCCGAUUGUCGGUCGGGGUUUGACUUUGCGUGGGGGAAUACGCCAUGUGGAUGGAAACUCCAGCAUCUAUGUUAUAUGACCAUACUUGUAACACGUCGAUUACCAGCGUUAUCAAGAACCAGACUUCUGGAGUACCAUUCAUGAGCCAAAGUGCUUUGAUUGACCUGAUUUCUUUGGUUUGAUUUGAUUCCAACUCUCUCUUUCGUAACACUUAAUUUACCAGUCUCCUGGCUCAGAAUUUCCAGGUUUAAACUGCCCUACCUUUACAUGACCUUACGUAUAAGUCAGCAGCCAAGGUAAUAAAGAGGAGUUAACAAAGUGCAUAAGCCACUGAAGAAUCUCCCCAACCAUUACAAGGGUCCAGCUUUCCCCAUGCAUCCAAUUUCACUGGGGGUCUUUAUCCAAGCUUAGCCAUAGUUACCUUACCUUAGCCCAUCCAUUCAUUCAUCUCCACCGGAGCCCGUUCAUCUUUCCAUCUGGCCAUUACCUGCCUGUCUUAUCUUCCCUUCCUUCUUCUUCUUCCUCUCUUCCAUUCCUCUCCAGCCGUCUCCUCGAGGUAGACAUUUGUUGAUUAACUUGCGCCAUAUCGCUGUCAACUAUCACAAGCUCAUAGAAGUAAAUUGCCAACAUGCGCUUCUCGUCCUCAACUGUUCUUGCGGCUCUGCCCGCCCUUGCUGCCACUCAGGACUCGCCUAUCGACCAGUACAAGGCCCAGUUCCAAAAUGUCAUCGGACAGUUCGCCUCUUAUAUUCCCAACCCAGGCCACCAUGACCCUGUUGCAGCCGCUGAGGCGAAGGCUGGUUCUAUGAGACUCAACGUCCUGACCCUUGAAAACUGGAAGCAAACCCUUUACGAGCCUGUUUCCGCAGGUGCUACUACACCUGAGGAGUGGUGGUUGCUCAUCUCUGGCGGCAACAAGACAUGCUACGGUCGAUGCGGAACUGUCGAGCAGGCCUUCAACGAGACCGCUGCGAAGUUUGCGCUCCUCGACAACACUCCCCAUAUGGCUUACUUGAAUUGCGACAACCAGCCCAUUCUCUGCAAUGCCUGGUCUGCGGGCCCCGCCAGCCUCUAUAUCAUUGAGAUGCUCCCCGAACCCGCGCCGGUCGAGAUUUAUAGCAAGAGGCUUAACUUGACCACCACAACCUCGGACACUCUGGUUGCCUUCCACGAAUCCGGCAGCAAGGACCAGUUCCAUCGCAUUGACAGCAGCUGGUUCCAUCCCUUCAACGGCAAGCUUGCCGAGUACGGCGUAGCUGUUCCCUUCGGCUACCUCAUGUGGGCUAUGGGCCUCAUCCCCAACUGGCUCUUCAUGCUCGUUGUCUCUUUCGGUAGCCGCGCCAUGAUGUCCCGUCGUAUGCAAGGCGUCAACGGUGGCCCUCAGGCUGGUGCUCAGCGCGCCCAAUAAUUCGUUCUUGGCAAACACUUGACAGGCUUUAGUGAUGGAACCGUCGAAUUGUUCGAUAUCUGGGAAAUGUUGAUCUGUCGUGCAAAUAUAUGAAGAUUCUGGCUCGGAGAGAUCAUGAUUAUUUUCGUGAAGUUGCAGAUGCCCUUGAAGUGAUAUGUUCGUUCAUGAUUUGUUUCCGCAAGCUGCUUCUACGUUUUUGAGGCCAUCAAUAACCCCCUCGCUUAUGCGACCAUUGGCGAAUUUCCCGUAUCGUAGAUCGCUCAAUCCUCCUAUAGUCUGUUGUACAGAGUCGAGCAAUAUUGCUUCUUCC